UACCAUAUCUCUCUCUCUCUCUCUCUCUCUCUCUCUCUAAACCCUAGCAAAACCCUAAAAAGUCUCGCCAUGACUGCGAUCCUUCCGCCCGUUUCAGGGCGGGAACUCUCAAAUCCCCCUUCGGACGGCAUCUCAAACCUCCGAUUCUCCAAUCACAGCGACCAUCUUCUUGUCUCAUCCUGGGACAAGAGUGUCCGACUGUACGAUGCGAGCGCAAAUGUGCUGAGAGGCGAGUUCUUGCAUGGUGGCCCAGUCCUUGAUUGCUGCUUCCACGACGACGCCUCCGGAUUCAGUGCCAGCGCAGAUCACACCGUCCGCAGGUAUGUCUUCAGCUCUGGCAAGGAGGAUAUUUUGGGCCGACAUGAAGCUCCUGUCAGAUGUGUUGAAUAUUCUUAUGCAGCAGGGCAAGUGAUCACUGGCAGUUGGGACAAGACAUUGAAGUGUUGGGAUCCUAGAGGUGCAAGCGGUCAGGACCGUACACUUGUUGGAACAUAUCCACAACCAGAGCGUGUGUAUUCUCUUUCCCUAGUUGGCCAUCGUUUGGUGGUAGCAACUGCUGGAAGGCAUGUGAAUGUCUAUGAUUUGCGCAAUAUGUCUCAACCUGAGCAACGAAGGGAGUCCUCAUUGAAAUAUCAAACAAGAUGUGUCCGUUGUUAUCCCAAUGGUACAGGUUUUGCCCUUAGCUCUGUGGAAGGUCGGGUUGCUAUGGAGUUCUUCGAUUUAUCUGAGGCUGGUCAAGCUAAGAAAUAUGCUUUCAAGUGCCAUCGAAAAUCAGAGGCUGGAAGGGAUACUGUAUAUCCGGUCAAUGCAAUUGCCUUCCACCCCAUCUAUGGUACAUUUGCCACUGGAGGGUGCGACGGGUACGUAAAUGUGUGGGAUGGCAACAAUAAGAAAAGAUUAUAUCAGUACUCCAAGUACCCUACAAGCAUUGCAGCUCUUUCCUUCAGCAGAGAUGGGCGGUUACUGGCAGUGGCAUCCAGUUAUACAUAUGAAGAGGGAGAUAAACCCCACGAGCCUGAUGCCAUUUUCGUGCGCAACAUAAAUGAAGUCGAGGUUAAACCAAAACCAAAAGUAUACCCAACCCCACCUCCAUAAAACAAAAGUAUAUAUGACAAUACAAUUGUUUUUUCUUUUCAUUCCCACUGUCGAUUCCGUUUAAAUUAUGCUCGCACUUCUCAGAUACAAUUCCAAUAGAUUGCUUAUCGUGCGCCAGACGGAGCUGCCUGUGUGCCCAUUCCAGCAGCCCUACUACGCAUGGCUUUUGAUUGUGCCAGCAUUGAAUCAUAGUCCUGGAAAGAACAUGAAUAUAACUACUGAGGAACAUUGUACUAUUUUUAUUUUUAAUUUUUAAUUUUUAAGGAUGAGGAACAUUGUAAUGCUUUGUAAGAGAAUGGAAUUUGGAGUUGGAAAAGGUUUUACCCUCUUCUCGAA